UUCAAAUGUAAAGGGGAGAAAGGACAGGUCAAAUACACAAGGAAAACAAAAACGUUGAAUAUUUAUGCUCCAAAGACUUAAAAGACUAAUCCAAAGCUUUGUGUGGUUCUUCAAGAUCAUUUUUAGCUGAUCCUGACGUGCAAGCGUAUUAAAAAACGGUUUGAGUUGAUUUUGUAAAUAUGUUGUGAGUGUAAUAAUUCCUGCUGCGAAUGUUUUUUGAAUGCUUGCCAAUAAUGCUUUACAGAAAUUCAUUAUGCAUUGGAAAAAUGUUUCAAAAAUCUUUAGCAUUAUUCUUUUGCAGAAAUAAAAGUGAUUUUAGCUCAUCUACCCUUAAUAUUUUUGAUCGAAAAGCGAAGAAAAUUCAUAGAGACUGGUGUGCUGAACAUCCUGAUGGCUAUAUUUACCAUUAUUUGAAAAAUGAAAUUGGUGAUCGAGUUGCUGACAGAGUUUAUGACAUUACGAGAAAAUUUCCAAUUUGUGUUGAAUUGGGAUGUGGAAAAGGCCAUGUUGUAAAACAUUUAACUAAAGAAAAUGUGGAAAUGGUUUAUCUCUGUGAUAUGUCUGAGAAAAUGGUUAAAAGUGCUGCUACUGCUUCUGACAUACCAACUUGUAGGCUUGUUGUGGAUGAAGAGUUUUUACCAUUUGCUAAUGACAGUGUUGAUAUGUUCCUUAGUAGUUUAAAUUUUCAUUGGAUUAAUGAUUUGCCAAGCACUUUUCAGCAAAUAUAUGAUGCUUUGAAGCCAGAUGGUGUGCUCAUUGCGUCCAUGUUUGGUGGGGACACACUUUAUGAACUCAGGUCUUCCUUACAAUUGGCUGAAACUGAACGAGAUGGGGGCUUUUCUCCUCAUAUAUCUCCUUUUGCAAGGAUCCGUGACAUUGGGGAUCUUCUCACCAGAGCUGGAUAUUCAAUGCUUACAAUAGACACUGAUGAAAUUAAAGUGAAUUAUCCGACAAUGUUCGAGCUAUUAGAAGACUUAAGAGGUAUGGGAGAAAGUAAUGUAAGCUGGAAUCGUAAGUCUCACAUUAGCCGAGAUUCUCUUCUUGCUGCUGCUUCUAUUUAUACAGAAAUGUAUGGUAAUGAAGACAAAACAGUUCCUGCUACUUUUGAAAUUAUCUAUCUUAUUGGAUGGAAGCCACAUAAGUCUCAAAGUAAGCCAGCGAAAAGAGGGUCUGGAACAGUUUCAAUGAAAUCAAUUUCGGAAUUAGAAUCAAAAAGUUGAUGUUUAAACAUUGACAAUUUGUAUGUAGAGUAAAUGCAUAUUAAAAAAAUUUGUUUUACUUCAUAC